AUGUCCAUCACCUCCAACUCCUCCAGCAUCAUUCACCCUCCCGGCUUCUACAUCGUGGCCUUCCUAGCCUUUCCGUACAUCAACGUCUACUUCAUUGUUUUAGCUUUCAUCUACUUCCUCACCGUGGUCUUCAACGCCAUUCUCAUCUUCAUCAUCAUCGUCGACCCAUGUCUGCACACGCCCAAGUUUGUUGCCGUGGGUAACCUGGCUCUGGUCGACGUCUUACUCAGCACCAGCCUCAUACCGAGCAUGAUCAAAGUCUUUCUGCUUAAGGACAAUUUUAUCGCCUAUAACCUCUGCCUGGUUCAAAUGUUUGCUUAUUAUUACUUUGCCCAAAUGGAGUCCUUUCUUCUGGCUAUCCUCUCCUACGACAGAUUCAUUGUCAUCUGCUUCCCCUUACGCCAAGCCUCCAUCAACACAAUCAAAAGCAUGUUCUGUAUAACCACUUUUUUCUGGACUUUAAACAUGAGCAGACUGACUUACAGCAUUUCGGCCAUGACACGGUUGUCUAUUUGCGAUUCGGUCAAAGUUUCCAGCUAUUUUUGCGACUACGCCCCGGUGUUUCGACUGGCGUGCAACGAUAACUCCCUCCAGUGGACUUUAGCAUCGGUCGAGAGUAUGAUCAACCUGACGCUCCCGCUGUGUUUCAUAAUUCUGUCCUACUUUGCCAUUUUGGUGACGGUGUUUAGGAUGAAGACGAGCAGUGCUCAGUGUCGCCUCAAAGACUUCCUGAACCGGUCCUGGAUGGCAGCUCCAGCUCACAAUCGCGGCGGGAGACCGGAAGAGGACGAGGACGACCCGGUGGACCGCAUGAUCAGUCGCACCGGCUGCGGAGACCAACACUACGCAGUCCAGGAGUGCAUGGCCGAGCACCAGGACUGGAGGCUGUGCCAACAACACGUCCAGAAAUUUAAAGACUGCAUGUCUGAUUUCCAGCAAGCUCGGAAAGAAGAACUUAAGAAAAAGCUUUCUCAAAUGAAACAGACUUCUGCCAGCUGA